AUGAGAAAUGAUCCGAAUGCAUCGCACAUUGAGUGGUUAUUAUUAAACACUAGCUGCAGAAAAGCGUUGCAGGAGGAUCUUCCGAAAUACAGGGAGAAGAAGAUUCUGGAAGCAGCACAGAGAAGAACGAGUUUAAAGAAGUGCAGCAGGGAUCUCGGCGAAUAUAAUAUUCCGCUAGCAGCCUUGCUGAGCGAAGACGGGACUGGUACGUCUUCUCAUCGUGAGAUGAAAAUCAUUACGGAGAGGUUAUACUCGAACCUUUUCCGCUCAUCAACUCCUGGACCAAGCCCGAUCAUCACCACUGGUGAAGCUCCACCACGGAACCACUUCUCCCUUCGGAAGUACGAGUCGCUAUCAAGAGCAUGGAACCUGGCACAGCCCCCGGACCUGAUUUUAUAUCAACAGACUUUCUUCGGGCUCCAUCCGCUUCAUGUAAUCUUAGCAGUGCUUAUGACAUCCUACCUCCGGAAAGACAGGAUCCCAGACAAGUGGAAGAUCUCGCGAACCGUUCUUAUCCAUAAGAAAGGUGACCGAGAAGACCUCCGAUAUGCUUGCUGA